AAUUUUAAAAGCGUAACGGUAACAACGAUCUAGUUGUGACAAUCCUCAUCAAUUUCAAUAUUAAUAUUUUUAAUUCAAAAAUGCUCGAAAGUGAUGCUGUGCGUAAUUUGCAAUUCGACAGUGAGAUACGUGUGGCCCAACAAAAUCGCACUGAACCCCGAGUGUUCGAUGGCCCUCAAAGCAUAACAUCACAACCCAGAUUUUCCCAACGCAUACCAUUACCGGUGGCCACUGUGGAACAAAAUGCCAGAGGUGUGCAAUCAACAUUUAUUCCAUUGUCGGGCUUUGAUUUCUUAAAGGAUAUACCCUCAAUUUAUAUUGAACAAACAUUUGAAUUGAAUGAAUCCCUAACCGCUGUUUCGUCGGAAAAUCGAUUUGUGGUACGCUCUGUUAUGGGUGAUGCUAUAUACGCUGCUUCCGAAUAUUCAACUGAUAGAAAUCGCAUGAUCUGGGGUUCAGCGAGACCCUUUCAAAUGCAUUUGUUGGACAAGACCCAUCAGGAGGCAUUGCUGUUUCAAAAGAAACUAGCCUUCGGCUUUAUGUGUUGCCAACCCAAAAGUCUUGAAGUCUGGGUGCCACCGGGAAAUAUACUAGGUCGCAUAGUACAAUCGCCUACGUUGUUUUCACCUGAAUUUUAUAUCGAAGAUGGGGCGUCGGGUAAUCCAAUUUUUUGCAUUGAAGGCCCAAAAAACACAGGAUUCUGUUGUUUUUGUUUACCCAAGGAAACAUAUUUUAAAAUACAUUCUGGUGGAGAGUUGAGAGCUUCCAUUGAUCGUAAAUGGAUGAAUGGCAAGGCACAGUAUACAACGAAUAUAUAUUUUAGUGAUCCUAAAUUAACGGCCAAAGAUCGAGCUUUGAUAUUGGGAGCAGCAUUUUUGUUGGAAUACAUGUAUUUUCAGACAAGGUUUUGAACAAAACGCAAGUGAGAGCGAGAGAGAGAGAGAGUGACCACAUGGCGUUGUUUAGUCGUUUUGAACAAAUUGAACCCCCUUUAAAGACUUUUGCCGCACAAAACUCAAAGACCAAACGCAUAAAUGAAAAUUUUUAUUUUCAAAAAAAAGUUUUUUAUUUUAUUUUUUGUUUGUUAUUUCAAACAUUUUCGUGUUUUGUUUAUGAUUUUUUUUUCACUUUGUUUCAUAUGCACUAUAUAAUAUAAUUCUUCACAAUACACAGACAAUUACAAAUAAUGUAAUUUUUUACAAUUUUUUUUAUAUAUAUAAGAUAUAUAUAUUUUUUAAAAAAUAUAUAUAUAUGUAAAGAUGUGUGUAUAUAACUAAUGAUGUUAUGAAAUACGUUUAAAGUUUAAAUUUUAUAUGAUAAUAAAUUUUAGUUUUUUUUUUGUUUUUGCUUAAAUCUUAUAGUAAUUUUAUAUACAUAAAUAUAUUUAUAUGUAACAUUGUUUUCUUUU